UAAACAUGUCUGAUGGGAUUGGAAAACAUUUAAACGUAUUUCUUAUUAAGAACAUAUUAUCUGAAAUAUGGGUAGACUUAACGGCCUCAUCAAAACACAAUGAUUUGGUGAAUUGUAUUGAUAAAACACACGUUGAGGAUGAAAACUCAGUUGACACAAAAAUAAAAGUAAUAAACGAAAAUAUAACAUCCACAAAUUCACGAUUGAAUUUUUCAAAUAUACCAAGCAAUGAUAGGCUAAAUUCUUUUUCCCGAGAAUCCGUUUAUAAUGAUAAUUACAACGCUCUACACCAAAUGGAAGACGAAUGGGACGAUUUCGAAGAUGAACAUAAAGAACGACAACCUGAAGUGAUGCUUAUUAUUGAAAACAAAUCUUUUCUAAAGAACAAUAUCAGUGAAAAAGAGAAAAAAGUUACAAGUCAUCCUACAGCCAACUUAGUCAAAAACUCUUCGUUUAUUACUAGAUGCACAAAACAACGUCCGAUGGUUUGCUAUGAUUAUUUAUGUAAAACAAGAAGUCCCUCAUUCAAACGCGUUGAACUUUUGACACCGGUAAAAGAGAAAAAGUGGUUUGAAGAUUACAAAAUGGAAUUACAGUUUCUACAAGAAAAUUUUUCAGAAGUUUUACCAGAAAUCUUAUACGACGUUGAGAAAACGCGUCACGGACCCAGUACACUAUAUUGUCCACUACCUUAUAAAAUAUAAAGUUGACAAUUUAAAGAAUGAAAAUAUAUACAAACCUUUGUUUUAAAGAUAAUCUUUUGUUAUGUAUUGAAAAUUUCAACACCUAUAAAACUAAACUAUAACUAUU